GGGGGCGUUGUAGAUUCAUUCAUGCAGACGUUUGUGCGAGGAUGAAGUAACCUUGUUUAUCCGUUUAGUAAACUCAUUAUAUUACAAGUAUUUGGUCGUGAAAUCGUUCUAUUCUAAGACGAUGACUUCAAAGGAACCAGAUGCGUCCGAUAGUGCCUUGCUUUACCUAAUUUAUCAGCAUUUAAAGGAAAACGGUUAUCUAAAAGCUGCGAAAGGACUGAAGAAGUAUGUUGCUCAGUCGGAGAGCCCAGAAGAGUUUCUCUCUCUACACGAUAUCUACUCAGCCUGGACCAAGAUCUCAGCACUAGGCCAGGUAGCUAAGCAGGAGGCCGAGGUGGACUCCACCACGCUGAAGAAGGGCAUCAAGGCCGACCCUUCCCCCACCACAGAAGAACACAAGCUCUGUCUGCAGCAAACCAAAGAAGAAGAGUUAGAUGCCAAACCAGUUACAGAUCUCCUGCCCCCCCCUGCAGAGCAGCCCAGCGCCGCUGAGACCCCCCUGAAGACAGCACCCCCAGAGGAGGAAGAGGAGGAUGAAGAAGAAGAGGAGGUGAAGGAGGAGGGGGAGAAAGCAGCCACUCAGGACACAGAAGUAGACAAGACAGAGCCUGGCCCCGCCCUCGCCACUACCCCUGAUAGCGAAUCAGAGAGCGAGGAGGAGCUUCCGCUAACCCAGGUGGCAGCUGAGACCCCAGCAUCUAAACCUGCCCCCAACUCAGACAGUGAGAGUGAGUCAGAGAGUGAAGAACACAUUCCUCCACCAAAGAAAACACCAGCCAAAGCGCCCCCUGCUGCCUCAGCUCCCACCCAGAAGGAGAGCAGCUCAGACUCCUCUGAGGACGAGGCCCCCCCCAAGAAGACCCCGGCUACUCCCGUCCUGUCCAAGGCUCAGCUCAAGGCCCCUGCUUCAGCCAAGACGGACUCCAGCUCCAGUGACGAGAGCGAGGAGGACGAACCAGUCAAGAACCUAGAGUCCACCUCAGAACCCCCCAAGGUCGCCACGGAAACCGCUGCCUCUGAGACACCUGUCAGUCACACCCAGGCCCCUCCCCCUGCAGGCCAGGAGGAAGACGCAGAGAAAGAGGACAGUCCAGAAGAGACGGAAGAAGCUGCUCUGGCAGCACCCACACCGGAGGAGACCAAGGAUGAUGAUGCUGAAGCCCCUCCCCCAGAGGCUCCUGUACAGGAAGAGGAGGAGUCUCAGAGUGGAGAGACUGUAUUAGCUGGCAACCUAAAGGCAGAGGAUCAGAUAGUGACAUCGACCACUCCAGAGGACAAGAACGACACACCUGCCGCCCCCACAGCUGCUGCUGCUGUCCCAGAAGUAGAGGAGGAGGUAGCCACGCCCGGCGUGGGGGGGAAGAAGAAGAGGAGCAGAGAUGCCGCUGACACCCCGGGAAAGAAGGACAAGAAGAAGAAAAAGAAGAGGGUGGAGGUGGAGGAAGAGGAGGCGGUGGAGGAGGAACAAUCAUCUGGGGCUCCUCUAGAGGGCAGUGAAGAAACAGAAGUCCAGCUGGACACCACGGAGCCAGCAGAUGAACCAGCAGAUGGGGAAGGCGAGAUGGAGGAGGCUGCCCCUGCUGGUCGGACCAUCCUGCUGCUCUCCUCCAACGCUAUCAAGAAGAGGAGGAGGAGCAGAAAGAACAAGAAGACAAAGAAGGCAGAGGAGAAGGAGGUGCAGGAGGAGGCUGCAGAAGAAAAGGAGGAAGAGAAGAGCGUUCAGACGAAGGUCACCCCAAAACAGAGCAAGAAAGCCAAGAAGAGGCAGAGGGAGUCUGUUGCCAGUGAGGACCCCCCAGCAAAGGAACCCCCACCCCCCCAGACCCCGGAGGACCAGGAAGAGACCCCCAAGAAGAAGAAGAAGAAGAACGCAGAGAAAGAGAAGAAGAACACUGUGAAAGAAACCCCGGCCCCUGUCCCAGAGAAGAAGAACAAGAAAAAGAAGAACAAGAAGCAGCUUCUUGUGGAGCCGGUGGAAGAGGAAACGCCAGAGGAGGUCAUCACUCCUCCAGCUCUUCAAGAGAAGAAGAAAAAGAAGAAGAAGACGGCGGUGGCGAAGGCUAAAGCUGCAAAAGAAAAUCAGCAGGAAGUGACCUCACCUAUCGUAGAACAGAGCAUCACACCAGAGAAAGCCAAGAAGAAUAAGAACAACAAACAGAAGAAGGAGAAGGCAGCUCCUGUUGCUCCUCCAGCGCCCCCUGCUGGGAAGAAGAAGACCAAGAAGGCCAUCGUGUGGUGAGACUGUGGAGAGCUUUCCAGGACCUCCUAGUUCAAACUGACGGAGCUCAGGAUCUUCACAACCAUCUAACUCUCAACCCCACCAGUGCAGUGCCUUCAGCCCACCACCAGGGGGAGCCCUAUGUCUUAAGCAGGGUUCAGAUCCCAUUCUCUACGUUGAAAGCUCCAAAACUAGUGUCUUAAAAGAUGUUGACCUGUCUAUCGAUUUGGCAAUUUAAAUAACAUAAUGGUAUGAUUUGUGGUUACCUUGGUGACACAUUUCUGGGAACAUGGCGUUGUUACAUUUACCCUCUUUAGUUUUACAUUUUAAGUUUUAAAUAAUUUUAGAAGUGGAGCUCAUCUUGAAAUGAAUACAUUUUAUAUUUGCUAAACUGGACAGGUGAUGAUAAUCCAAAGGGAAAUGAUGACACAUUAGUGUUGGGUCUGUUCCGGUUGCUUCUUCUCAAGUAAAUGUGACCAGCGGGAACCACAUCUUCACAUUGUGUUCCUCUCUACCUGCUCAGCUGAUACGGUUAUCAGUGUUCUGAUGAAUUAUUUGCUGUAGUUUUUUCAAAGCUGUGAACCUGCUCAUGAAUUAGGAAAGGGAUUUUUAUACUCCGGUAUUCUAUCUAUGCACCUCAAAGACCCUAACGUUGAGCUCCUUACUUUACUGUUUUAGUGUGCGCACACACAAAGAGAUGGGCCUGAGUCAUGAACGACAACUUUGUUAAAUGUCCAUUUUUUGACUGCUGAAACCGUGACGUUUGUCCCAACAAUGUCUUGUCUACCUACUACAACUGAAGUGUGACGUUUUCCAUCUGAAGCACUCCCAUUCUUGGCUUCGUGACUCCUCAGAGCUCACCACCCAUCUCUAACGUAUACUUUUAAGUUUCAUGUUUACAAACCCAUUUGUUCAUUAUCCUCCUGAAACUGUGAACAAUCCUAAUUUUGUCAUUUCUACUUGUUUUAUUGUGUUGAAUAAAAAUUAGUGUCACUCUGGUAUCCUA